UCACGCUAUUAUCCCAGAUUGAACUGCAAAAUGAUGAACGCGAUAACAGCUUUUGAAGCUGCAUAGGGGUGAUACCGAACCUACGUUCGGCAGAUAUGAUGCGGACAUAAAGCGUACAUAAGGCGGCGCGCGAAUUUGGGGUAGGAAAGCGAGAGAGGAAGUCUCUACUCCAGGACGGACCUUCUCUUAUCGGUCAGUGGAGGGCUGCAGCUAACUUAUCCAGCGAGAACGUGGUCUCACGCUCGUUUUCCCCUCCCUCCCCCCACCCCCGGGCGUGGUGACACGUGUCCUUUUUCUUCAUCAUCGCCUAGCGUGCUUGAUGGCACGUUUGAAAUGGAGGGUUAGUACUGUUUACGGGACUGGCUAUCUGCUUCUGUGUGGGUUACCUAUCUAAAAGGUACAGAAGAGGGAGAAAGAGAGAGAGAGAGAGAGAGAGAGAGAGAGAGAGAGAGAGAGAGAGAGAGAGAGAGAGAGAGAGAGAGAGAGAGAGAGAGAGAGAUUGUGCGUUGGCGACAAGGUGAGAGAGAGAGAGAGAGAGAGAGAGAGAGAGAGAGAGAGAGAGAGAGAGAGAGAGAGAGAGAGAGAGAGGGUACGGUGGUGGCAAGGUACAGAAGAGUGAAAAAGGUUAGUGCGGUUUUUGCUCUCCUGAGGGCAUCGAACUGGACGGCAGGGAGAGAGAGCUUCAACGAUGGAGAUCACCAGCAGCGGCGGGAGAUCGAUGGCGAGGAGAAGAAGCUCUUUCCUGGGCUGGCGGACCAGGACAAUUUUGCUGACGUCAGCGGGAAUUGCGGGAGGCGGUUACCUUGCCUACAAGGCGUACAACUCCCGCUACGUGGCAGAGAAGAAAGCGGCCGUUGAUAAGUUCUUGUCGGGACUCGCAAAUAUGAGCAAUGCCGUAUCUACGAGCGGGGACAUCAUGGCCACCAUAGCUGCGGACCUGAACGAUUUUCUACUCUCGCCCACUGACGAAGUGCCACGUAGCAUUCGUCAGCUAUUCAAAUUAAGUCAAGCGCCAGAGAUUCAAGGGGCUUUCGCCGGGCUGGCGGAGUCUCUUACCCGUGGAGCGAUUCUCGGAGCGGUAAGGACCCUUGAACCCAGUCUGAUGGGUGCGGGGGGAGGAGGGGGGGGGGUAAUUAGUCUAUCUCCCUCUUGUGCUUCUUGCUGCGCCUCUCCUCCUGGUUUCUCCGGUGAUGGUGGACGUAGUAGUACCUAUAGAUGGGAGGUGUCUGUGGGGGGAGGAGGAGGAGGAGGAGGUGGUCGCAACGGAGUUGUAGAAACGGCGGCUGUGUGGAAGAAAUUUCACGCGGGAGCGGGGGGAUUGGCAGGAAUGGGGGUGGGAGGGGGCGGAGGAGACCUGAAUGGAGGAGGGGCUACGUUUCGCGAGUCUGAGGAACUAGGUGUGGGGCCAGCGGCGGGGGAAGAUUCGGCGGCAGGCGCUGGUUGUGGCGCGGGGGUAAAAGAUGGCGCGAAAGGGUUCUCUUGCGGUGGCGGUUUUGGCGGGAAAGGAGGAAGGGGAGGAGGGGGAGCUGAAGCUUUCGUUGAUAGGGUUUUGGAUAAGAUGUUUUCGGACGCGGGUAAGGGUUUUGCCUCCGCCGUGGUCGGAUCCGUCGCGCGCAAUCUGUUGUCUGCUUACUUUGAGCAGGCGGCAGCUAUAGCGGCAUCGAAGAGGCAUCAGGCGCCUGUAAAGAAGAGGAAGAAGAAGCCGAGGGCCGCGGGGUCGGCGACGGCGGCGUGCAGUGCAAGCUCCCUGGUGAAAGGCGACUGGAGUGCGGCGGCGAUGAAACUCCAGCAGGACGAGAAGGAGGGAGGAGGAGGGGGGGAGGAGGAGGAGGAGGAAGAGGAGGGGGAGGAGGUGUUCGGCGAAGCGGGAGGGCUUGCGGCCGUGCUUCUGGGCUUCUCCUGCUCUAAGCAGGGGAAAUCACUCAUUCUUGAUGUCGUCAACAGUUUUGUCGGCGAGGCCAUUAGCGUGUACAUAGAGCAGACUAGGGACGUCAACAUUUAUGAUGACAUCGUGACAAGUGUCACCAAGCCUGCCAACCGCGAGCCCGUGAAGGAUUUGAUGAAGUCGGUAUGCAACGAGGCAGUCGGGACGCUGGUACGGACAUCUUACGAUGUGCUCUCGUCCUCCUCCCAGCCGUCCGAUGUGUGCGGAAGUCGGAAUCGCGCGAUCCGGAGAAGUCGCGGUGGAGGUGGAGGUGGAGGUGGAGGUGGAGGAGGUGGAUGCCGCUGCCUCUCUGUUGGGCCGCUGACGCAUGUGGACACUGAUGAGGCGAUGACAGCCAUAACGCUAGGAGGAGGGACCAGUUGCUGCGUUAAUUACGACGAUGGAGAAGACGAGGAGGACGGUUUGGGAGAUGACGGUGCGGAGAGUUAUGGGUGCGGAAGCGGGAGCACGAACGUGACGGUUCGCCGCGAUCUGCGAUUGGGAUCGGGAGACGAGGCGGUCGAUACCGAAGAUCAAGACACAGAGGGCACGAGUACACCUCGCGGCGGCGGCGGCGGCGGGGGCGUGGGGCAAGAUGCUGACGUGGCAGAGUUAGACAGCGCCGGCUGUAGCCGCAAAGGAUCAUCUGAUCGGGGGUUUCCCAGUGGGGGGUGGCAAUUACGCAAAGGAAGGAUGAGAGGUGGUGGAGAUCGAAGGAUGCUAGGAAGAGGAGGUGAUAGCUAUGGUGUUGGUGUUGGUGUUGGUGUUGAUGGUGUUAGUGCGGGGGGGGGUGUUUACGACAGGGCCUCAGCCUGUACGAGCUGCAGCUGCACUAAAGCAGGAGGAUCAGGCGAAGAUGGAGGGCGAGGAGGAGGAAAACAAGAACAAGAGGGAUGGAUAGACAAGGCUUGCAAGGUGAUUACGGUGCCUAAUAAUCGAGAGUUUGUGAUGGAUGUGGCCGGGGCUGUGUCUUUUCAGUCUGUCAGAGCUUUCAUUAUCGCAUUCAACGAUGUGCUGAGAACGCAGAGGCGCUUGCCGCCAUCGCCAAGCAAUGGAGGUGGAGGUGAUGACGUGGCAUCCUCUGCGGAGCCGCAGGAAGGACAAUCAGGGGAGCGAAUAUCGAUCGGAGGGCAGAGCUUCCGCGUCGAGAAGAUGAGAAAUACGGCCAGAUUUGUGGCAGAGCAGCUUCGGUACUCCCUGCGCAGAGAACCUACCGACCUCAUCUUCACCAAGGCUGUCAAGUUCAUCGCGGCCAAGGCUCUUGUCUGCACCUCAGCUUGCUUAGCCAUCUGUCUACAUACCAUAGCAGGCGUGAGAACGAUGGAGCCCUAGUAGAGGCGCUUGGCCACCUGUGGCUCUGCUGUUGUGAUCCUUGUGCUGUGGUGGCGAUAGCCUCUCGGUCAUAGUCCGUCGACUAUAGCCAUCGUUUAGUAGCCCACCUGUGGCUCUGGUGAUCCUAGUGUUCUGGCGGCUAUAGCGACUGCGCCAUAGUCCGUUUCCUAUAGCCGUCUAGUAUGAUGAUGUGCUAUUGGCUAAACAAACUCCGAUCCCAUGGCCACCUGUGGCUCUGUUGUGAUCCUUGUGCUAUGGUGGCGAUAGCCUCUCGGUCAUAGUAGUCCGUCGACUAUAGCCAUCGCUUAGUAGCCCACCUGUGGCUCUGGUGAUCCUAGUGUUCUGGCGGCUAUAGCGACUGCGCCAUAGUCCGUUUCCUAUAGCCGUUUAGUAUGAUGAUGUGCUAUUGGCUAAACAAACUCCGAUCCCAUGGGAAAGACUAUUUUUGCCACUUGGUGCUGUCGUGAUGGAGAGCUUAUCGCCAUGGAACUACCUAUGGUUCUCAAAUUCCCGGCCUCUGGAUUCCAUAGCCAUAGAAACACUCCACAGAAGUCAUAAUACCAUCGUGCUAUAACCUGCCUAAUGAUGCCUCUGCAGCUCUGGAGCCCUUAGUACUAUGGUGAUCCUAUGGCUAUGUCCUCUAGAGUUAUUGUUAUGGAGAGACGUCAGUCCUAUGGCUAUGUUCUAUUGCUGUGCUAUGACUAUGGCAAAGGACCAUUGACACUAUGGCUAUCCUAUGGCUACGUCCAAGGCUAUGCGAGAUGGCUAUGUACUAUGGCGAUCCUAUGGCUAUGUCCUGUAGCCAUUGCUCUCAAGCCUUUAGUCCUAUGCCUACGUCCAAGGCUCUGUGAGACGGCUAUGUGCUAUGGCGAUCCUAUGGCUAUGUCCUGUAGCCAUUGAUGUCAAGCCUUUAGUCCUAUGGCUAUGUGCUAUUGCUAUGCUAUGACCAUAACGAAGGGAUCAUCGGUACUAUGGCUAUUGCCCAUCGACAUUCCGAUGGCAACGUCCGAUGGCUGUGUCCGAUCGUUAUGUAGAAUGGCUAUGGCAAAGAUCAUCAGCACUAUGGGUGUCGUCCUAUGGCUAUACGAUGGCUAUGUCCUAUGCCUAUGUUCUGUCGCUGUGCUAUGGGUAUGGCGAAGGGACCAUCGGUAAUAUGGGUACAUGACUAUUAAGCUUCUUAAGGUCAUGGCUAUGGCGAUACCCGUACCAUGGAUAUAGGGGCCGUGAGUGUAGGGGGGGGCAUUGUCUAUACCGACUUGAGCAGUGCCAUGGAUAUCGGGACCGGGACUUAUUGUGCCAUGACAAGAGCGACUUCUAAUCGAGGACCGUGUGAAGCGAGAUACUGUUUUUUUUCAGGCGCGUCCUCACACGAGGACUUUUCGACUGGGCUCUGGACGUGAUCGCGGUCAGAUGCAUCCACCUCUGGCCGUAAUUGCAGUCAGAUACGUCCAUAGUGCGGCCAUUUCGACAACUUCGGCUCAACGACGGCCAAAAUUCUUCAGUUGCGGAUAAGGCGACUUUUCCACGGUGGCGAUGACAACUCUUCGGAUCCCCGGCUUACGUGUAUGGCUGUUAUUAUGCCACGUAGGUACGUCUGUUGUUCGACACUUGGUGAUUGGUGUCAUAGUAGUCGAGACAUCUUUUGUUUGUUGCACGGGGCGACGAGAACGCGCGCGCGCGCAUGCGCUAACGCACGCCACACUCACGCAAGCAUGCGGUGUAAAUCAUUCAAACGCUGUCCAAGGUAAGGAAAUGGGGUUCGGGUAGAACCCACUAAUGCUCUCUCUCCCCAUUUUCCCUCCCCAUCGCUUCUCUUCCUCAUUUCCCGUCUCCGAUGUCAUAUAUUUGUCCCUUUCGCGGCCCCUCCAUUGUAUUUGUAUGUACUUCUGGAAUUUAUUUGUGCGUGCGUUGAUGAUGGCGACUCGCGGGGGAGGCGAGACACAUGUAGCGAGUUUAUUUUCGAG